AUGACUACGGCGGCUGAUACGGUGUAUGGAGGAAGACCCCCCGUGACGGCUGCGCUCCGGCAAGCCUCCGCCGUUGGAAUGAACGUUGCUAGGGUUUGGGGUUUCAACGAAGGAGAGUACCUUCCUCUUCAAAUCUCUCCUGGCUCCUAUAGUGAAGACGUUUUCAAGGGACUAGACUUUGUGGUUUAUGAAGCUGGAAGAUUUAAAAUUAAAUUGAUAAUUAGUUUAGUCAAUAAUUACGAAGAUUAUGGAGGGAGACAAAAGUACGUAGAAUGGGCCGGUUUAAAUGAACCGGAUGAGUUCUACACAAACUCAGCUGUCAAACAAUUCUACAAGAACCACGUGAAGACCGUGUUGACUCGGAAAAACACAAUCACUGGUCGAAGUUACAAAGACGACCCAACCAUCUUUUCAUGGGAACUUAUCAAUGAACCUCGUUGCUACGCAUCUAAUGGUUCUACUAUUCUACAGAACUGGGUGAAGGAAAUGGCUACUUAUGUUAAGUCUAUAGACUCGGACCAUUUACUUGAAAUAGGACUUGAAGGGUUCUAUGGAGAGUCUAACCCCGAAAGAACCGUUUACAACCCCGGCGGUGCUGUCUCAACCGGUACAGAUUUCAUAUCAAAUAACCAAAUUCCGGAGAUCGAUUUCGCCACUAUCCAUAUCUAUCCAGAUAUUUGGGUACCGUUACAGAGCUCAAGAACAGGAGAACAAGAUACAUUUGUGGACAGAUGGAUCGGCGCGCACAUCGAAGACUGCGACAAUAUCAUCAAGAAGCCUUUACUGAUAGCAGAGUUUGGGAAAUCUUCAAAGGUACCUGGUUUCAGCUUAGAGAAACGGAACAAGUUUUUCAAGAAAGUCUAUGAUGUGAUCUACAGCAGUGCAAGAACCGGUGGUUCGUGUACUGGUGGAGUUUUCUGGCAACUUACAACCAAUAGAACAGGUCUGCUAGGUGAUGGGUACGAGGUUUUUAUGCACGAAGGUCCGAAUACUACUGCUCGGCUUAUCGCCGAACAAUCUAGUAAACUGAGAAAUCUCAAGUAUGGACCAUUAGUCACACAUAGUGCAGAAUGA